GAGGUUAGACUCAUCUUUCUUUCAUGGCCAAGCUCAUAACAAGUUGCUUCCCAAGAAGUCCAAAAAUAAAGAAAGCAAUGAAGGUUUGUAUUGGAGUGGGACUUCUGUUCGGCAUCAUUGUUGCAGCCCAUAAUGUAUGGGGUGCUGAAGCUGCAAAAAAGAAGCCAAAGGGUCCAAAAGUCACAGAAGUGGUUUACUUUGAUGUAGAAAUUGGUGGAAAGAAAAUAGGUAGAAUUGAAAUUGGUCUUUUUGGGAAAACUGUGCCAAAAACAGUAAAGAAUUUUGUUGCACUUGCCACCCAUGAGAAAGGAUUUGGUUAUAAAAAGAGCAAGUUCCACAGAGUUAUUAAAGAAUUCAUGAUUCAAGGUGGUGACUUUACAAACGGUGAUGGCACUGGAGGUAAAAGUAUUUAUGGUGAUCGCUUUGAAGAUGAGAACUUCAAGUUAAAGCAUUUUGGUCCAGGAUGGUUAAGUAUGGCAAAUGCAGGAAAAGAUACCAACGGCUCACAAUUUUUUAUCACCACAGUGAAAACAUCAUGGCUUGAUGGAAAGCAUGUUGUGUUCGGAAAGAUUAUCAAAGGGAUGGAUGUAGUCAAGAAAGUUGAAGAUACACCUGUUGAAGGUUCAACUCCCAAAAGUGACUGUGUAAUUGCAGAUAGUGGGGUGUUGCCCUUAGAUAAACCUUUUAAUGUUGAGAAGGAAUAGCUUAAUGAGAAGAGUAAAUUAAAAGUUUUAUGCAGAGGAUAAAGUUCAUGAUAUAAUCUUCACCAUUCUUUCAAUGAUGUCAAAUAUGAGGAGUCUGUUUACAAA